CGCCGAGGUGCCUGCUGGGAGAGGCUCCCUGCGUCUAGCAUCUUCUCUGCCCUGCGUCCCGCGGACGCAGUUUGGAGUUAACUUCGCGCCUUGCACCCCCUCCCGCCCUUCCCGACGUCCAGUGGGUCGUGGGCCCCCGAGCGGCCAGCGGUCCUCCAGAAAAAGCAUCCUGAGGAGGAAGACGACUUGUUACACACCUUAAAGUCAAGGUUCAGAUGAGUUACCUUUUUAUUCAGUCACUAACUUGUGUUUUAGGACUUCAGAAUAUUUGCUUUCCCAGGCCUGAAAUGUUCUCACUAAUAGGGACUUAACCUCAGUAAUUCUUGCCCAAAGGUGUGAUGGGGCCACGCGGGUGUACAGACACGAAACAGAACAGAAGAAUACAAUGAGGAGGUUCCGUGUCGUGCUUUUAGGGUGUGAUUUGGUCGGAUGAUAUGACUCGUAAGGUGGCAUCAAGUCCUAGACGUAGCCCUGCUUCACCGCAGGCCUGACUUCCAGAGCGAAAUAAGAAGAUAGAAGGUUUGACGGUUUGGGCCAGCGAAUGACAGAGUUACCAGCUUUGAGAUGCUCUUAAAAGAGGGGCUUGAACAAAGAUCUAUGUCAUCAAAAGCAGGGAUUUUUUUUUUUUUCCAGGAAGCAAUAAAUAGAGGUUUUUGGUAUUAUCCUGGUCCCUUCAGAGGUCUGACAGCCUCUGUUUUCCUGGGUUGUGUCUCUGUCUGAACUGCAAGAAGCAACAUGGUUUGACGUUGAGCGUGAGUUCUGGGUCUAGAGCAGGGUUCCGCACAUAUUUUCCGUGAAAGGUCACGGAUUGACUAGCUCGUGUUUUGCGGGCUACAGGUUGCAUCUUCUUAAUUUUUAGAAUGGUUUUAGAUUUGCAGAAAACUUGCAGAGAUGGUACUGAGAAUGCCCAGGUACCCUUCACCCGGACUCCCCUACCAUUAACAACGUACAUUAAUAUGGAAUAUUAUUUUACAGUUGAUGAGCCAGGUUUGAUAUCAUUAACUGCAGUCCAUGCUUUAUUCAGAUUUCCUUAGUCUUUACAUAAUGUUCUUCAUCUGUUCCAGGAUGCCAUCCAGGGGACCCCAUUACAUUUCCCUGACAUGUGCCCUUAAGCUCCUCUUGGCUGAGACAGUUUCUCAGACCUCCCUUGUUUCUGAUGACCUUGACGGUUUUGAGAGGUACAGGCCUGCUGCAAAAGCUUCAGUUCCCUAAGGAGCCUGUAAAGAAGAAACUCGAAAUUACCCAUAACUACUGUCCAGAGCGAAUUGCUGUUGAUUAUUUUGAAACCCCAAGAGGACUGAUCAGUUCUUGAUUCUAAAACUAUGGCCCACGGCUUGGUGACGUUCUCAGACGUAGCCAUCGACUUCUCGCAGGAGGAGUGGGCAUGCCUGGACUCCACGCAGAGGGACCUGUACUGGGAUGUGAUGCUGGAGAACUACAGCAACCUGGUGUCCCUGGAUUUGGAGUCACCGUAUGGGACCAAGAGUUUACCUACAGAAAAGGGCAUUUAUGAAAUAAAUUUAUCCCGCUGGAACUCAAAUGGAAAAAGGAAACCCGUUGGCCUUAGCUGGAGGUGUGAAGGUGAGCUUGAAAGACGGCGGGGCCCUCAGGAGGGCUGUCUGAAUCAAGUGAUAACCAACUGUGAGAAAGCGCCCACUUGUAGAGAAAAUAGCUCUGGCAGAGUGCACCAGAGACACCACGCCAGAGAGAACUCCUAUGAGUGUAAAGAAUGCGGGAAGGCCUUUAGUCGUGGCUACCAGCUCACUCAGCAUCAGAAAAUUCACACGGGCGAGAAGCCCUACGAAUGUAAAGAAUGUAAAAAGGCCUUUCGUUGGGGUAAUCAGCUCACUCAGCACCAGAAGAUCCACACGGGCGAGAAGCCCUACGAGUGUAAGGACUGCGGGAAGGCCUUUCGCUGGGGCUCGAGCCUCGUCAUCCACAAGAGGAUCCACACGGGCGAGAAACCCUACGAGUGUAAGGACUGCGGGAAGGCCUUCAGACGGGGCGACGAGCUCACCCAGCACCAGAGGUUUCACACGGGGGAGAAGGACUACGAGUGCAAAGACUGCGGCAAGACCUUCAGCCGUGUGUACAAACUGAUCCAACACAAGCGAAUUCACAGCGGCGAGAAGCCCUACGAGUGUAAGGACUGUGGGAAGGCCUUCAUCUGCGGCUCGAGCCUCGUCCAGCACAAGAGGAUCCACACGGGCGAGAAGCCCUACGAAUGCCAGGAGUGCGGGAAGGCCUUCACGCGGGUCAACUACCUCACCCAGCACCAGAAGAUCCACACCGGCGAGAAGCCGCACGAGUGUAAGGAGUGCGGGAAGGCCUUCCGCUGGGGCUCGAGCCUCGUGAAGCACGAGAGGAUUCACACGGGCGAGAAGCCCUACAAGUGCACGGAGUGCGGGAAGGCCUUCAACUGCGGCUACCACCUCACCCAGCACGAGCGGAUCCACACGGGCGAGACGCCUUACAAAUGCCGGGAGUGUGGGAAGGCCUUCAUCUACGGCUCGAGCCUUGUGAAGCACGAGAGGAUUCACACCGGGGAGAAGCCCUACGGAUGCAAAGAGUGUGGGAAGGCCUUCAGUCACGGCCAUCAGCUUACCCAGCAUCAGAAGGUUCACACGGGCGAGAAAGCCUUUGAAUGUAAGGAGUGUGGGAAGGCGUGUCACCAUGUGAACCAUGUUCGAGAACAUGGGAGAAUUCACACGGCUGGAAAGCCUCUUGAACCCAAAGAACAUGCAGAAGCUUCUAUCCCACCCUCACUCCAGCCACAACACGAGGGAAAUCCAUGACACGAUUUAACGAAAGAAAGCCUUCACCAGUCACCCUUCUGCUUACAGGAUCUCCGAGGAGUCCUGCUCGAGGCAGGUUUGGAGAAUGGAGAAAUCACUUUUUCUUAGUGAUCACCGCACACUCAGUGUAGACUUUUUUUUUUUUUACUGAAUUGGUUAGUGUAAUGAGUGGAUAGAAGCCUCCCGCUACCAGUCAAUGUCUGUGUCAUUUCAGAUUUGUUCUAGGGAACAGCUCCACUGAUGUAACAUACGUGGGAGAGCCUCCCCGUUACCGUCACCAUCCCACUGCUUCACCCUCUGUGAAACCUGGGGAAGCAACCUGCGACCCCCAUGUGUCACGUGUGAAAUGGGGACAGUCACACAUACUGCUGCUGGGCUGGCUGUGUCUGCUACGUGUAAACUCUUAAAGUGUAUCUGGAAAAUCAUGUGAGCUCAGUCAAUAUUAGAUGUUGUUGUUCUUACCAUCAUUACCACAAGCAUUGCCCCUGGUGAAUUCUUCGAGGAAGACCGCCUCCCCUGUGGGUAUAGUGGGUUUAGGAAAGACUCAGACUUCUAGAGGAAGAUACAGUAAUCUAGAGAUUACUGCCAUGGCCUUGGGGUGGACGGUGUUUCCUGGUACACAGAAGAUGCUCAGUGUGAAAUAAAAAGCUUACGUGUUGGAUUUC